GAAGGAGACUGUGGAUGGAGGAAUGAAGGCUCUUUUGAAAAAAUAUGUUGAGGUCAUUGGAGCUCUAAAUGUGUCCGACUUGUAUCCAAUUUUAGGUGCAUUAGAUCUUCAGGGUAUAAACAAGAAGACAAUGGAAGUGUUUAUGAGCAUCUGUGCCAUGUGGGAGCCCAUUGUCAAAGAGAAAAGACAAGGACGCAGAGGCAAUGCUUCAAGCCAAACGGACUUCUUGGACGCCCUCAUUGACAUUUCUUGCACUGAUGAACAAAUCAAUUAUCUGCUCCAGGAGAUAUUCGCGGCUAGUACAGACUCUAAUACCAAUGCGAUUGAGUGGGCGAUGGCAGAACUGAUAAAAAGUCCAGAAUCCAUGAAGAAAGUCCGUGAAGAAAUGACAAGAGAAAUCAAACAAGAUGCGCUAAAAGAAUCCCAUCUACCUCAGCUACAUUACCUUUAAGCUGUUUUCAAAGAAACUCUGAGGCAGCACCCUCCAGCACCACUUUUGGUUCCUCGCCGUGCACCUGACUCGUACAAAGUGAUGAAUUACUCCAUUCCUAAGAAUUCUCAAGUAGUAGUAAAUAUUUGGGCGAUUGGGCGAGACCCCAUAAAUUGGGAAGAUCCAUUGAAAUUCAAGCCAGAGAGGUUCUUCAACUCGACUUUGGAUUUCAAAGGGCAUAAUUUUGAUUUCUUACCCUUUGGUGCAGGAAGAAGAAUCUGCCCUGCCCUACCCUUGGCAGCAAAGUUUGUUCCUUUCGUACUUGCUUCAUUGAUUCAUAAUUUUGAUUGGUCACUUCCACAUGGAAAUGAUCCCAAUGAGCUUGACAUGAAUGGGAAGGCUUCAAUAACAUUGAUGAAGGAAAUACCCUUGGUCCUCAUUCCCACACUUUAGAAGAAAUAAGCAAUGGAUUAUUGCUACCUUAUCUUCCUAGCUACCAUAUAUACUACUAUUACAAUAAUCACACUUGUUUGUGUUUAGCUCAUUAUAUCAAUUUUCAACUACGAAAGCUUUCGUUUAUAUUUCAACACAUACUUGUUGUAUCAAUAAAAGAUGUAUUAUUAUAUACAUAUAUUUUUUUGCGCAAGUAUGUUAGUUCAAAUUUCAAGU